GAAACUUCCAGCUGGUCAAGGAGAUUGCUGAUGAAGACCCCAACCACGUGAACCUGGUCAAUGGGGAUGGUGCGACCCCACUGAUGCUGGCAGCUGUCACAGGACAGUUGCCCCUGGUGCAGCUGCUGGUGGAAAAGCAUGCCGAUGUGGACAAGCAGGACAGCGUGCAUGGCUGGACGGCCCUCAUGCAGGCCACCUACCAUGGAAAUAAGGAAAUUGUCAAAUAUCUGCUAAACCAAGGGGCUGAUGUUGCUCUUCGGGCUAAAAACGGGUAUACAGCCUUUGACCUGGUGAUGCUGCUCAACGAUCCUGGUGGGUGAGCCUGAGAAUGGUGCUCGGUCUGCAUACCCUUCCUCUGGGGAUCAGGCCAGUGCCCCCCAGUGACCACUGAAGGCUGCUGAUUUGUAGGGGAAACCAGUCUCAAGUGCCAAAGGCACAGAGCUUGUGAUAAUCUAUCCUAGCCUUCCUCCAGCACCAGGCAUCAAGAAGUAGAGUUGCAGGGAGGGAAGGCAAACGGGGCAUGUGAGUUUGCAGGCUGUUGGGUGCUAGAGUCAUGUCUGUGGUCACAGCCUCUGUGUGUGUGUG